CACAAGAGUAUAAUAAUACAGAUUACACAAAGAUUUUUACCGACAUUUUUUUUCGAGAUUUAACCUCAUAUCCUUUAUUAAAACAAGCUGAGAAGGUAUCAAAUCGAAUCGAUACUACGCAAUUAGAUGUUUCUCAGGCGGUCGAUAAACUCGUUGAGUUUACCGAAUCUGAAAUAGACAAUUUGCUUGACAAAAAAGGUUAUGAAAUAGCCAACGAGAUUGAAGACGAAAUUCUCGAUGAGGAGUUAAAAGAAGAUAAAGGUAUUAUUGAAGAAUUAGAAGAUGUCUACAAGACAAAAUUAUCUCUGUUGAAGGAUUUAGAGAAACAGAUUAAAUUACGAUAUCCAGACAAAUAUGAAGAUUAUGUGAAGAAUAUGACUGGUGUUAAGACUGGAGCCAGUUUUCAACAUC